AUGGAUUCCGAUGGUUUGCGUAUGCUUCAUGUGUUUAUGCUUGACUACAUGAGAAAAAUGAACAUGAAUCAAUCCGCUGAAAGUUUUGCCAGAGAGGCUGGAAUCGACGAUAACUCUUCUGGGUUUACUCCACCCGAUGGGUUUUUGGUUGACUGGUGGUCCAUAUUCUGGUACUUUUAUACUGAAAGGAUGAAUGAUAGAUCUAAUGAUAGUGGGGUCACGAUAGAAUCCUCUGUUUCAGCUGAGGCUCAAAUUCAGGCUCAAACCCAUGCCCUAACUCAAGUCUUGGCCUUAGCCCAGACUCAAGCUCAAGCCCAGGCUCAGGCUCAGGCUCAGGCUCAGGCUCAGGCUCAAGCUCAAGCCCAAGCAGCCCAAGAUCAAGCCCUUGCCCAGGCCUACCAGGCCCAGGCCCAAGCUCAAGCCCAAACUUACAAUGAUAUGGGAACUAACAACUCUUACUUAUAUACUAUGGGGCAAACAUCAAACCAACUAUUUCCAUUCCAUGGAAACGUUGAAAGCAUACUAAGGCAACCAAUAUUGGGUGCUAGAGGGAAUGAUGAGCAGUAUGGUGUUCUUCCUUCUUAUAUGAAUACAAAUGUUCAAGGAGGAUGGGCACUUCCAGAACCUUCGAGCAAUCCUAGGCAUAACAGGAACAAUGUGGGUCGAAUUUCUCGCCAGUCACUGCGUAGGGUUAAUAGACGUGGGAAUCAAAUCGGGAGGGAUACUGCUAAUAAUCCAACAUCGCAGAGAUCAAUGAGGAUUAUGAAUGCAACAACACGUCGGCCUCUUGACCCAGAUUCAUUGGAUUUGAAUGCUAUUUUUGAAUAUUUCAAUAUGUAG